AUGGUCGCAUUUGCGGAAGUGCUUCCCAAUGACGGGAACUUUAUUAUGGCUGCACAACAUGUGGCAUUGGACCUGGUGAAGAGGAUCAAGAUUCCCAUAAACAGUACAAGCCCACAAGGCCUUCGUGAUGCAAGCCAGCAAGAUCCUUGGGCGCAGUCGGGCAAGUAUGGUCUUGGAUGGGUAUAUCUGUCUAUCAUUCUGUUGCUGUUCGCCACAGCAUUACGAUGCUACCACCUUUGGGGAGACAAGAUUCGAACAGCACAGUAUAAAGAGGACGUGAUCAACUCAGCCACGGUCUUCUCACCUGAGCCGGAGUAUGAGUUGACCAGCGCCAGAACCUUCAGAUCGACGCAACGCUUCUUUCCCUCCAAUGGCAAGCUACCGGAGAAGCCUAAGGAGGAGUCCGCCAUAUCGACAAUAGCGCCACUAAACAACAUCGUGUCCCUGUUCAGGUGGAUCUUCUAUCGGCCAGUUCCAGCACUCAGAAUUGGAAGACUUUACAUCGUGUUUCCUUCACUAGGAGCUACAGCGGUCGUUGCCAUAUCUUUGAUCUUUUGCAUCCUGUACACCUUCGUACCCCAGCCAUUUUACUACAACAGCAUCAGCUAUGGCUCUCCACCCCUCGCAAUCCGAGCGGGUAUGAUCUCAGUAGCAAUGAUGCCAUGGAUUAUUGGUCUCAGCAUGAAGGUCAAUUUCAUCACAUUCCUAACAGGUAUUGGUCAUGAGCGUCUGAACGUGCUCCAUCGAUGGGGCGGAUACCUUUGCCUCCUGAUGGCACUGAUUCACACCAUUCCUUUCUAUAUCCAAGCGCAUCGAGACCGCGGCGGAUUUGAGACAUACAAGCUUUACUUCACACAACAAUAUUACAUCUUUACCACCGGUAUUGCCGCAUUAGUGCCAUUGGCCUUCCUCUGUAUCCAUUCCCUGCCCUUUCUGCGAACAUGGAUGUACGAGGUUUUUGUGGCGCUGCAUGUACCUGUCUCCAUGGUUUUUGUGGGAAUGCUCUUCUGGCAUUGCAACAAUUACCUUAGAUCUUGGAACUAUCUGUACGCCACUAUCGCGAUCUGGUUUCUGUCCUAUCUGUGUCGGCUAUUCUACCUCAACUGGACGAACCCAUUUCGAAUGUCGUGGCUGAUCGGUGAGGAGUCUGCAGUCACGCUUCUACCUGAAAAUGCUAUUAAAGUCACGAUCCCAACACAGAAAAAAUGGAAGCCAGGCCAGUAUGUUUACUUGAGGAUGCCGGGAAUCUCAUUCUUUGAGAAUCAUCCAUUCACAAUUGCAUCAUUAUGCAGUGACGACUUCCCAUCAGAGUAUGGUGAGGAAUAUCGGGAUAUGAUCUUGGUUUUCAGACCCUUCGGUGGCUUUACCAGGAAAGUCUACAAUACAGCUGUCGAGAAGGGACCUUACAAAACCUAUCGUGCCUUCAUCGAUGGUCCUUAUGGUGGUAUGCAGCGGGAGAUGGCCUCAUUCGAUCAAGUAGUUUUCUUUGCCGGUGGAAGUGGAAUUACUGCCAUAGCCAGCCAGCUACUGGACCUGAUCAAGCGAAUGCGGGACGGCAAGGCUGUCACAAAGACAGUACGCGUCAUCUGGGCACUUAAGAGGCCUGAGACCAUGGAGUGGUUUAAAGAAGAGCUCCGGAUUUGCAGGGAAUAUGCACCAGCAGAUUCUAUCCACUGUUCAUUCUUCAUAACAGCGUCCAAGCGCUACGACAAGGAACCAAAACCCAGCCGCUCAAGACCUCACAGCGACCUGCUCCAUGACAAGGUCAACGAUGUAUUUCAAGGGGUGGCAAGCAAGAGAAACUCUGCCCUUAUUAUGGCGGAUGCUAAUGGCGAUCCUGAUCGAGAACGGGAGCUAAGAGAUGAGAAUGAGGACAGUAUCACUGCUCUUCCACCAGUCUUCCUCGCUCCCCCUCGAUUUGCUGUUGGAGAGAAGCCGCGGAAAGCAUCGAAACGAAAAUCUCAGCCAGCUCCACCCCCUGCCGAAUCUAAGGUGUUUGACUUUGGGUUCCCUCAAACACCAACCAAAUUUCAAAAGAACCUCAUGCGCUUCGCCUUCCUGCCGACCACUCGGAGCGAUGGCUGGCGAACCGAGUACGGACGGCCGGACAUACCCUACGCGCUCAAAGAGCUUUCCAAAGACUUUGGUCGAAGGACUUGCAUUUUUGUGUGCGGACCUCCAAGCAUGAGGACAGAUGUUGCCAAUACAGUGGCCAAGCUCCAGCAUGACGUUUGGUCCGAUCCUGGCAAGGACGAGAUUUUCCUGCACGCUGAAAACUACGCGAUAUGA